CUCCACUGAGGGCCUCGUCUUUCUGUUUUCCAUUGCACCUUUGUAUUGUCUCCACCCCUUCCACUCUGGCGCAUGCGCCUUCCCUGUCCUGCCUGCAAGCUUCUUGCCUGCUCGCUGCCGCUGUGCCUCUUGCCUAAGGUUCUGUGCUGCUCUCCCUUUCGCUAUUCUUCCAGCUUUCAUGUGUACCCCACCCCCGUGCUGGAGGUCUCGACACCCCGGCCGCGUCUUUCUGUAUGCAGAUGUACAUAUGCGCGUUGUUUUUAGAGCCUCACCACCCCGUGAGCGAGAGAAUGGGGAGUAUUGGUGUUCUCCCCACUUUACAGAGGUGGAUCUGCCGAGGGACACACAGAAAGUGUCUGGGAUGGACUCUGGGGGCAAGUCUUACAGAUUCCAAGGCUGGAGCCCCGGGACAUAAACCCCCUGGGGCCCUGCCCUCCCUCUCCACUCCACAUAGCAGGCCCCUUUUCAGAGGGUUCCAGAAGCAAACUUGUGGGAGGGCCCCCACCCCCACCCCACUUCAGCACCUUUCCUGCCUUCUCCCUGCCAGGAUUCCAGGUGCCCCUAGCCCUGCCCCUUCCUGGCACCCAGGCUUCUCAGCCUCAGCUCUCCCUCAUCUCCUCCCUUGCUCUUUCUGCAGUCAUCUGUUCAUUCAGGUGCCUACUGUAUGCCACACACUAAGCCGGGGAUGUAAAAGCAAACCAGUUCUUGUUCUCAGUAAUGGGUUUUGCUCUGUGCUAGGCCCUGGGGAGAUAGAGAAUCCUUACUCAAUACUUGCCUUAUAACUAGUCCUGAAUGCUAAGCCCUCCAUCCUUUGGUGUCCCCCCUCGGCCCUGGGCCCCAUCUUCCCCAUCCAAGCCCCUCUUCUGUUCCUAGACCCCAGAACCCGACUCUCAGUGGCUUCAUUCACUUAGAUUCAGAACUCCCUUCAACACUCAAUGAUUCCUCUUUGCCCUUUCUGAGUCGUCACCCCAAAUCCGGUCUUAUAAUUGAUUCAAGCAGAGAUGAAAUAGGUGAGGAAAUGACUGUAAGGAAAGGGGAACUGAUAAAAAGGCCAGAGAACAAAACAAAUCCCAGCCUCUAGGGUAGCUUGAGCUUUUAUGAUUUAAUGCCCAGAUGCCUUUUCCCUUUAAUGGAUUGAGUUCUGCAACCAAUGGACUCCGUUGUUGUUUAGUUGGGUUGGACUCCCUGACCCCGUUUGGGUAGAAAUACUGGAGAGGUUUGCCACUUCCUUCUCCAGCUUAUUUUACAGAUAAGAAAACAGAGGCAAACAGGGUUAAAUGACUUGUCCAGGGUCCCACAGCUAAAUAUAUAUACACACUUUGGAAUCUGAGGUUGAAUUUGAACUCAGGAAGAUAAGUCUUCCUGACUCUGGGCUAACUGCCCUUUCUCUGUGUCAGUGAGUUUAUGAAGCUUUCUGGGCUUCUCAAUCUCCUGGUGACUUUGACACUUUUCACCACAAGGUGUUACUGAUGCUCCACUAAUUUUUUUAGUCAGUUGUCAAUGGCUUUUUUUUUUUGCUUCCAGAUUGAUUAUUUUUAAAAGGAUGUCAGAAAGCUAGUCCAAGAAUCUCCACCCCCCCCCCCCUUUUAAAAAUUUUUACUUUCUGUCAAGGGCAAGGCUUAAGCAAAGGGAGUUAAAUGAUUUACCAAUGUCACACAGCUAGGAAGUUUCUGAGGCCAGAUUUAAGCCAAUGUCCCCCUGAUUCCAGGUCUGGUGCUCUAUCCACUGCGCUAUGUAGCUGUCUCUUAGUCCAGGGAUUCUUAACCUGAGGUCAAUGGAUAAACUUUAGGUACUUAUCCAUUGACCCCAGGUUAAGAAUCUAGACUCCUCUAAGUAGUCAGUCUGGCAAAGCCUAGGAUCCCCUUCUCAGAAUUGUGUUUUUAAAUGCAUAAAAUAUAUAAGAUUACAAAAGAAACCAAAGGUCGGUUAAUGUAAAGAUGCCAUUUUUUCCUGUUUUUAAGUAAUUCUUUUCAUUUUUUUGUGCUUCUUUUACCAAUUGGCCUAUUCUGGUUUUUUAAGCUAUUAAUUUCUUCAGUACUUUUUUGUGCCUCCUUUACCAAGCUAGUGGCCAUUUUCCCAAGAUCUUCUUGUAUCAUUCAUUUCUUUUAUCAGUUCUUCUUCUCCCUCUCUUAUUUGAUUUUUAAAAUCCUCUUUUAGCUCUACCUUAAUUCUUAUUUGACUUGAGAGCAAUUCCUAUUUUCUUGAAAGUUUUUGAUGCAAAAGUAUUGACUUUGUCGCUGCUUUCUGAUUGUGUGUUUUGGUCUUCCCUGUCACCAAAAUAUCUUUCUAUGUUGAGUGUCUUUUUUGUUGUUUGCUUAUUUCCCAGUAUUGUUCUUUUCUUUGAACUAGAAACAAAAACAAAAGCCAGCUGUUAAUGUUGGGCUCAGCAACUCUGGGGAAGGGAAUGAGCAUUGCUCCAAGCUUCAGAUUUUUUGUGCAGCUGCCUUCAGAGCUAGUUCUGGACAUUUAGAAGUUUUCAGUUCUUUCACGGUGGAAUGCCGUAACGCUGUGUUUUGGUCUCUGGUGCGCAAGAAACACAUGCUGUCCUGCCUCCACGAUGCCCUCCUGCGGCACCCCAGGGAGGUCACACACCUUUUUGCUCAGAACGAGAUGGUCUGCAUCCGCCUCCUAGACGUUCUUUUUGGACUACUUCGAAGUAUAGAUGAUGUCAGUGUGCUGGAAUUCACUAUUCAAGUCCUUGUUCAGCUUCUCAUCCAACCGAAGCUGGAGCCGUAUAUUCACUGCUUGCUGGAAGAGUGUCAGAAAGAGCUUUGUAACAUGCCCACCAUGGAGGGCAGCCUGGCCAUCGUGACUCUUCUGGGUAAAGUGGUGGAUGCCAUCCCUUCCCUUGCUGAGAUACUUGUGGUAGAACAUGGUAACCUCGUGGAGCAUCAGUUGAGGGGUCUGAUGUACCCCAAUGAGGCAGUGAAGGCUGCAGUCUGCUAUCUGUAUGGGAAGCUAUACUCCUCUCCCACCGUGGCAGAGAAACUCUCAGACCAUUUCAGGGAGAAACUGUGUCCCCUCUUUCUUACCACACUGGACAACGCUCAGACGAAGGAGCUGCAGGUUAACUGCAUGGGUUUGCUGAGACAGCUGCUGAAAUAUGACCCUUUUGUGUCUGUUAUAAUGAGCCGGUCAGGGGAGGCAGGGAUUUCUGAAAAUGCUGAGAUGCCACCCAAAGAAAGCACCCUCCCCUUAGUGCUGAAAAAGCUGCUGCUGUCCAGAGACGAAAUCUUGCAGGUAGCCAGUGCCCACUGCAUGGUGGGUGUGCUGGUCCAUUCUCCUGGGAAGUAUGCCCAGACCUUCAUCUACGCAGACAUCCCAGAGUUCCUGUUUGAGCAUCUCUCAUGCACCAACGAGGUCCUCCUCUGGCCUGUGUACAGCUGCUUGUUGCUCCUGACUGAAGAUCGCCUCUUCUUCUCCAAGUGCCACGCUGUGUAUGGGAUUGAGUCGCUGGUACGGAGCCUGAAGGGAAUCUUGCAGCUGAACAACUCUGAACUCCUGAAGCAGGGUCUGCUGCUUUUCAAAGAGAUCCUGAAGCGGCAGCCAGAGGAGAUCAAGCUUUUUACAAACUCGGCCACCUGCAAAGAUGCCAGUUGGGUUCUCCAGGAGGCAAUUGGCAGCUGUGUUCAGGAGGUUGUGAUGGAGGCGAUCGAUGCUGUGGCAGCUUUUUUCAGGACGGACCACCUGAGUUCACCACCUGUGCCAUAUGGAGAGCUCCAGGCCUUGUUGCAAACCCUGCUGGCCCGCUGUGCAGACCUGGUGCUGCCCUUGAGGCCUCUGCCUCUCCCAGGGGGUCACCCAUCGAGCCGAGAUCCUGGCAGAGCUGGGCAGCAGCAGGGGAAGAUCCUUCAUGGUGCCCUGAAGGGCUUUCGAAAUGCCUGCAGACUUGCGGUGGAGUUUCAGAAUGACCCGUCAGCCCGGGAGAACCCCUUCACGGCUCCCAGCAGCGACAAGAAAGACACCCUGGAGACCUUCUCCGAGUUCCUCCUGAGUGCCUGUGACUCUCUCUGCAUCCCCGUCGUCAUGAGGUAUUUUGAGCAGGACUCUCACCCCGCGCUGAUGGAGACUUUCUUCUUGAUUGUGAGCAACAUGUUCGUCAUCGUACCCCGCAUGAAGGAGAAAUUCUCCAAGAAGCUGGCUUCCUCCUCCUUCAUCAGACUGACCAUGGAGCUGAAGGCCCGCUUCUGCAGCGGACAGAGACACCCAGCCCUGAAUCAGGCGUGUUCCAAUUUCCUCCACUGCCUGUGCCUCAACCUCUUUUCAGCUUUGGAGAAGAAGGCACCAUCACCCAGAGAGGGGUCCUCUGUGGUGGCCAGCAUCCUGCGCCAUCGUCUGCCCCACAUAAACACGGGAGGCCCUGAAAGCCUGGCCCUCCUGUCUGAUGCCCUCUAUGUGGACGAAGCCACGCGCCAGCGCCAGUACUGCCUCGUUCUCCUCUUCUACCUUGGGCAUAGCCACAAUGACAGGUUUGUUCCAGAGGCAGAGUUAUUUUCAGCCUUGAGAAGCCUCCUCCUGUCCAUCCAAGACCAGGGAGAGAGCCCUCCUCCUGCGGUUUUCCGGGCAGUCCUUUACCUCCUCGUGGUGUGUCAGGACAAAGGGGAACCUCUAGAGAAGGCCCCGCUCAGUGCCCUAAGGAAGAUGCUGGAGGCCGUCUCAGAUCUCAGCUUGGUCUACAGCCACCAUCCUUAUACUCUCAAGUUCUUCCUGAUAUACCCAGAGUUGCUAAGCAGGUUUGGCCACCGAGUGCUGGAGCUUUGGUUUUCCUGGGAAGACCUGGCCUUCGAUGCCCCCUCGAGUGCUCCUGCUCUUCCAGACCAUGUUGAUCUCUUGCUGCACAUCCUGAAGAGUACUUCCAGCGUCCUGCUCAUCUUACUGGACCUCGUCUACACCAGCUCGAUGGACAUAGCCCGAAAAGUGUUGAUGGUCCUGAGAGCCUUCCUCAAGAACAACGAGGACGUUGAGGUGGGGAGCCUUCUCCGGGGACACUUCUUGCAGAUCCUGCAGCAGCUGCUGCUGGAGAGUGGGGCUGCCCCCCUGCAAGCCAGCAGUAACCUGCCCCUGCUGCUCAGCCUGCUCUUCUUGGUGCAGCCAAGGGACGAGGCCCAGAGAGAGCUGGACAGCACCGAUCUGAAGCUGCUCCACCAGGUGAGUAACCUGUGCGGGAAGUGCAGCCUGGCCCAUGUGGAGAUCCUGCAGUCCUCCUUCAACUUCCUGUACUGGAAUCUACAUCAGACCACACCUGGCAGCCGGAAACAAGCAGUGGCUGUACUUCUGUCCAGUGCUCCUUUCCUCGUGCUGCUGCAGAAGACUUUGGGGCACACGUGGACAGAGCCAACCGGGACCUGUGUGCUCCUGGGGCCCUCCGCGAAGGGGGCGGCCCUCCUCUGUUCAGCGUGGCUGCUCACAGCCUCCCUCUCAGCUCAGCAGCACCUUGGAGGGUUGGAGGUCCAUCAGACACUCACUGUACAGCUGGAUAAAGUCUUGCAGGCCCUCACUUUGAGGAAGAAAGCCGCCCUGUUCUCAGCCAGCAUCCUGCGCUUCCUCCGGACAACCCUGGAGCAGAAGUUCUCCUCUGCCCUGGUGACACUGGUCAGCUCUGCCUCCCCCGGGCAGUUGCCCUCUCCAGAGGAUGCAGCCCUAUCCCCACUGUCACUGCACCAGGUCUUGUCCCUUGUCAUCAGCCUACAGAACCUUCUAGUGCAGAAGGACCUGCUGCUGACCCAGGCUGUGGUUGGCUGCCUGGAGGCCCUGUUGGACUACCUACAAGCAAAGAGCCUGGAUGUCGCCCUGCACGUGGCCUCUCAGCCCUGGAAUCGCUUCUUGCUGUUCACUCUCUUGGACGCCGGAGACAAUUCUUUCUUCAGCCCAGAGCUCCUGCGGCUCAUGACCCUGUUUGUGAGGUUCCGGAGCAGAAACAUCCUCUCCCAGGAUGAUCUGGGCCAUGUCCUGCGAGAGACAGCCAAGCUCGAGUUCUCGGAGCUCCCCACGGCCACCCUGCGUGCCCUGUACAGCUUCCUCAGCCAGGUUCAGAGGACAGGCUCCCUGCCGGGCCCAGCAGGGUCUGCCACCAUCCCGGCCCUGCUGGAGGCUCUGUCGGACAGGACUCGGACCCAGCCUCCCCAGCAGGAUUUGGUGUAUCCUUUUCAGCCCUGGGAGGGGGUUGGCCGGCCAGGGGUGGGGGUGGAUGGGAAGGGGUAGAGGGGAGUAGCAUCAUCUCUCCCCGUGGCCCCCUCCCCCAUCUCCAGGAUUGGGUGGCACCUUCUGAGGGGAUGCUGGGAGUGGGGGGUGGGCUAGAAGGAAAAUCUUCUGAGGGUCGGGCACGUGCCCUCUCCCUCUUGGAAGCUUUACAGAGGGGAUCCUGGGGCAGCUGGGGGUGCCCUCGGGGUCCUUUGAGGGAGGAUGCCCAGGAGCUCCUCCAGGCCCCCAGAGGGGCCGCUCCUCCCCUCCAGCAGGCGCCCUAGAGGCCCUGCUCUCCUGGCCAGGCCUUUGGAGCCCCCUGGCUCCCUUUGUGGUUGUCCUCUCAUGCCCGCGCCGUCAGCUGCCUGGGAGGGGUGGCCGUGUCCUUCUCCCACAUCCGGGACUGAGCCGGCGCCGGGGAGGCCGGGAAGCUUGGACGCCGAGAAGGGGACAGCCGUUUGCAGCGUGCUAGUUGAGCUGCUAGGAAAUAAAGCCUGGAUGCUCCGUCUCCUCCCA